AUGGUGAGCGUGAACGCAGUUCCCCUCAGCGGCUCUCGUCAGGAGGCCAUCUGCCUGGUGAAGAGCUCCCACAAGACCCUGACGCUGGUGGUCCGGAGGGCUAAAAUGGUUGACGUUGUAUCGCCAAGCACAAUGCCGUCAGAAACUGAGGUUCAUGUGGCGAGGAGCUUUCUCACCAAGAUUUUGCGAAGCUCCAUGAGGAAGAACCGCUUCAAAGGGAAGAAUGAUCCAGGCUCGCGGCCCCAUUCCUGGCACUCCUCCAAGCUGACAGAAGAGGACUCCGAGCCGGCCGGGAGAGAGGCCAACCCAGCACCAGUCUGGCAGCCAAAACAUGAAGCAAGGCCCAAAGAGUCAACCACUCAAGGGGACCAGAACAACCAGCAUCAGCUAACCAGUCAGUUCAGCUCAGUGAACAACAUGGAGAGACUGGAGCGUCCCUCCCAUCCCUACCCACCAGGUUGUCUUUCCCCAACUAAAUACAUCAGCAGUGCUGAGCCGCUCUCUGGACCAGGAGGCAAAAGAGACUCUGGGUUCAGCUGUUUCUCCAGCGGCUCCAGUCCUCCUGUUCUUGACCCCAGCACAUCUGGUAGAAAGGGUACCAGCACUGAGAACAUUUUCUUCAAGGGCCUUCAGAAUGAAGGACCUCAGCAGACUGAGCGGCCCAGGUACCUGCAGCCAACACUGGGGAAUGGAGGCUGGGAAGGCUCAAGGGCCGAGGAGCAACCUGCCUCACGGGUUUCCUUUGCAGGGAGGCCAAGCAUUGGUCCAGUGUGGCAGGUACCAGAAAAGAAAAAGUCCCAGUCACCUCCUCCUCCCCCUCCUCCCCUGCGCAGUGACAGUUUUGCAGCCACAAAGGUGUUCCCUUACUCUGAAGGGCCUGGUGGUCCAGCAAAGAGCCAUGGCAGAUCCAUUGAAAAACUGACCGAAAGCAACAACCAGAAUGGCCUCAGAUCUCACCAGGAAAAAACCUCAGAGGCCAGACGUAGCUUCAACCCUUUGCCCACCAAAGACUUGCUCCAUCCCAACACGGCAGCUGAUCACAACCACAACCAGCUGCAUCCCAACAAACUCUUCUCUUUGUCCAGCAAUGACGUCAGGCAGUCUCAUUAUACCCAAGUACCUGCCCACCAGAGGCAAUACAGUGACGAAAGCCCCUUCUACUUGCAGACAAGAACAGCUCCUCCCACUAAGACUCAAAGCGUAGGAAGCUACUACCGCAGCCUCCAGGAUCUGCCCACAAAUGCUUUCAGUCGCAAACAGAUACGAAACUCUACAGCGUCGAUGACGAGUUUUGCCACAAACCCAAACCUGGAGAGUGGGAGGCACAACAGAUACUGGCAAGGCCUAAAUAAGCAUUCGAUCCAGACUGCUGAGCACAAGGCCUGGCAGGGCAAGUCAGAAGGUUGGAGGGGGGAAACAGAAACACCCCUUUGGGUAAACAGCAAUGAAGCAGGCUUUCAAAGUUUCAUGAAGACAAACGUUAAGGCAAAGUACUCUCUACCUCAGUCCCAGAUGCCUUACUGUGAAAAUAAGGAGCGCAAUGGCCAUUCCCAUUUGGGGAAUGGUCUACACUACGACUACCAGACUUCUGAACAUUCUGUUCAAAGCCGAACCCCAGAAGACCCUGCAAAGAGAGGUGAAGGACACUCCAAUGACGUGAAAAGACAAUACGCAACACAUCAAAGUAAUGAUCAUAAGAUUAGUAUUUCAAGGCACCAAGACCCCUGGGUACCUCAAGAAGACAACAGAAUAUCCCCCCUGAAAACCCCACUUCUUCACUCCCUGGCCCAGGAGAGUAGGAGUCUUGCGGAGAGGCAAUCAGUAGCCUCUACCACAAAUGUGAUGCCAACCCAGGACGCCAGUGACACCAUGGCUACCGGCAGUGGAAAAGCAAAUCGCCGCAGUGACCGCUACGCCACCACCCUCCGCAAGGAGAUCCAGCAGAAGCGGGCCCAACUACAAAAGAGCCGCAGUGCUGCAACUCUGACUUGUGAUGCAGAAGAUGAGGAAACAGAGGAGUGGAGAUCCAUUGAGGCAUCUACGUCUUCCAGUGUCUCCUUCUCAACUACCUACAAAGACCACUUAAAAGAGGCACAGGCCAGGGUCCUCCAGGCCACCUCCUUCCAGAGACGAGACUUAGAGCCUCUGGGACCAGAGGCGCCGGUACUUAGAACCUCCAAUGGACGCAUUAGAGGACGUAAACGGUUCCACCUGGCGAAGAGGACACACUCCUUUUCAGAGCCUGACAAGAUAGACAAAGUGGGAGUGGAGGGAGAAUCCCAAACAGGCUCAUUUGGGGAACGAAGGAAGUUCUUUGAGGCCAAACCGGCCUUCUCCAGGCCUGUACUCAAGUCAGGUCAGAGUGCAAACUUGAGCACAGAACUCGAUGAGACAGGCAAACCCAAAGAGAGAUCUCCCUCUAGAGAGCUUGAGGAGGCUAACCCAUCCACAGACCCCAACCACCUCAGUCCUGGACAUAAGCAGGUGUUACUAGAGCAGCAGAGGCUCGGGACCUUUGCUGAGUACCAGGCCACAUGGAACAAGCAGAAGAAGUCAACGGAAGCCAAGACGCAAGGGAGGUAUCACUCAGCGGAGAACAUCUUAGAUGCAGGUGCCGAGGAGAAGGCCAUCUGCGUCCAUGAGAGAUCCAGAUCUUCCCCCUCUGCAGACUUCUACACACAAAAUAUUCCUUCCUCAUGGGGAGACCAUCAAGCCCAGCAGAGCAGUUUAACCAGCAGAGGGAAGGCGGAGAGCCGGCUGCGCUACGAGCCUGACCACAGCCCACAGUCGGUCUCAUCGGCCCCCAGAAACGAUGGCCUCGUCCCAGGCCUCUCCGACCACAGGACCAAACCAGACUCUGCCAAUCCCUCCCACACCGCGCUCUCCGCUGGGCCUCGUAGCCCCAACCCUGGCUCCGAGCUCCCGGCCCAGCCUCCGCAAACCAAGAGCCUCCUGCCGCCACCCAGGCCCCAUUUAGGCCCAGAAACCACAUCCUUCUCCCAGGAAUUCCUCGCUGGCGCCCAGGCAGACCCGGCAGCUCUCCAGCCUGUGUCCGGCGCUGCUGCUGACACCCAGCCCCGUGGCGCUGCCCCGGCCUCCUCCUCCGGCCCCACCCCGGCCGGCUCCCCUCGCCUCAGCAGGACGCCUGGACCAGACGCGAGUAAAGGAGGCGAAGAAAACGAGGGGGAGAGGGAGCCGCCGCCUUCCCGUUCUUCAUCCCCGUUUCCCACCUCCACGGCCGCUCUGCCGCUUCCUUCCGCAGAUCGGGUUCGGUCGCCUUCGCCACAGUUUGCGCCGCUGAGGCUGACCGACAAACCGCCCGCUGUGUCCGUGCAGGACGACUCACCGCUCAGGUCAGAGGAUGAACCGGUGAUGGACGUGAGCAGCCCGGUGAGGAAAGUCCCGGUGAGGAUCGUCCACGCCGAGAGCAGCUCGGAGCGGGAAGGUCGGGCCUACCUGCCUCAGAGCGGCGACGCCUGCAGCGUCUUCGAGCCUCCGCCGCGAUUCCCCUCCCUGAGCGCCGCCGAGCGCCCGGCCUCCUCCCUGUUCAGCGCCUACACCCGCCAGCAGCCGGACCAGGAGCCGGCUGAUGCAGAACGCUGGAAAGAGGACGCCAAGAGGGAGGAGCUGGCCAGGGACAUUAUGGGUAAAGACAAGUCCCUGGUGGACAUCCUGGACCAGAGUGGCAGGAAGACCACCAUGGACCUGAUGGAGGGACUGUUCCCCCCAGAGGAGCAGAUCCUGGAGGGGGCCCAGCAGCGCAGGAGGGCCUCCGCCGGCUCCAGGCUGCCCACCUCGUCCCCCAGGAGGGAGGAGGACGAGGUGUCAGUGUCAGCGGCUGCCUCCCUGGUUCCCAGCUCCUCCUACUACAACACAUCGGCUCCCAAAGCCGAGCUCCUCAUCAAGAUGAAGGACAUGCAGGAGCAGCUGGAGGAGCAGGACUCUGAGGAUGAGCUGGAUGUGGACCUGGCCAGUAAAAAGCAAGAGCUGAUCUCCAGCCUGGCGAGGAAGCUGGAGGUGCUGCGAGAGGCCCGUCAGAGCCUGCAGGAGGACGUGGAGGACAACGAGGCUCUGGGUCGCGAGGUGGAGGCCACCGUGCAGCGCCUCUGUCAGCCCAACCAGCUCGACAAGUUCCGGAUGUUUGUGGGCGACCUGGACAAGGUGGUGAGCCUGCUGCUGUCGCUGUCGGGGCGGCUGGCCCGGGUGGAGAACGCCCUCAACAGCCUGGAGGACGAAGCCCCGCCGGAGGAGAAGCGAACCCUGACAGAGAAGCGGAAGCUGCUGAUGCGGCAGCACGAAGACGCCAAGGAGCUGAAGGAGAACCUGGACCGCCGCGAGCGUCUGGUUUCGGGCAUCAUGGAGGCUCACCUGGACGCCGAGAGCCUCGACGACUACAGACACUUUGUCAAGAUGAAGUCCGCCCUCAUCAUCGAGCAGCGCAAGCUGGAGGACAAGAUCAAGCUGGGCGAGGAGCAGCUGAAGUGCCUGGUGGACAGUCUGCCGCUGGAGCAGCGGCCGCCGCUCUGA